ACACCUAGCCAUGCAGAACGAAGAACUCCAGAACGCCAUCGCUGCGUUAGCGACGAACAACAUGCGCAUGCGCGGAGGCCUAGAGGGCCGUCGAUUAAGUGCCCCUGGUGACUACCGUCUCAUCCCGCAGCACGCAUACUCGCAAAUGACUACCCAAGAACUACGAGAAAUGCAUGGCGAGCCAACGAGCGAGGAGAAGCACUAUAAGGCCCAGUCUAUCGUAACACUGAACAGGAAGCUAGUGGACAUCAACGGUUCGCAGGACGACUCCGUACUAGCCACUCUUCUCAUUCUCUGUCUCUUCCACGUCUGCGACUCAGGCUUUACGAAAUUCAAGACUCAGCUAGCGGGUGUUCAGAAGCUGCUAGCUAUGCGAGACAGAACCGUACAGUCAGAGUUUGUUGGCUGGAUCGAGCUGUUCUUCACCUGGUUUGAUGUCAUGACAGCUGCUGUCAACGACCGUGAGAUCGAAGUUCGCGGCGACUCUCUAGACAUGAUGAACCUCACUGCCAACCUUGGCGCGCUGGAACACCACUCCGGCUGCGAAGGACGACUAUUCAAGCUUAUUGCUCGACUCGGAAGACUCAACCUACUGAGCCAGAACCGACCUGUACGCGACAACGACGACACGCCUCAACCAUCUCCACGACCUAAGAAGACUAAUGAUUUCUAUUCUUUCAACUUUGACCACAUCGACGGCAACGGCUGGGGCACACCCAUCAUCGAGUUCCAGGAUCCGUUUGCUUCAGCACGCGAAGACCCCCGCUCUCCAUUCUGGAUUGAGUGGAACGACGUACGCAUCCGCCUCCAAGAGUGGGAGUUCGGUGCACCUGGUGAGAAUGCUGCCGACUCUUGCGAAGCAACAUCAUCAAUGCUUGCUAUGUCUCCCAACGAAGCAGCACUCCUCCACAUCAGCGAGAGCUUCCGCUACGCAGCGCUGCUCUACACAGAACGCCUUGCUCACCCCACACUGCCAGCCGGCGCACUCAACUUCCAGAACCUCGUAGCACAAGGCCUCUUCCACAUCUCACAGAUCGGCGUCACAAGCUGCGUCAAUAAAUUCCUACUCUGGCCCCUCUUCAUUGUCGGCACUGAGUGCGUCGACCCUGAGCACCGCGCCGUCGUGCGACAGCGCUGCGUUGAGAUCCAACGUGAGAGCGGCUUCUUCAACAACCUUAGUGGUCUCGAGGUGCUUGAGCGCGUAUGGCAGGAUGAUGACGAGUGGGUCGAUGGCGACAUGCAGGGCCCACGACAGGGUCCCUUUGGUACAUUGCAACAGGCGUUCCGGUGGAGAAAAGCGAUGGAUCGCGCUGACGGGGAGUACAUUGUCAUAUGAUUUUCUGGUGGGUGCAGCGGGAUCUUGCAUCUAUUGGGGGCAUCCAUGCAGGCCGGGGCUUGCAUUGGUUCGGCCAAAAGUGGUGAUGCAUUGAAGCGAUAACGUUGAUUGUUUGUAUAUAUCGCGAGAUGUUAUGGGCAUCGAUACCCUGGAGAUGCUGAUGCAGCAUGAUCUGCGAUUGGUUU